CUCUUUCACCUGUCGAGUUGCCUGAACCCACAGACCCUUCUGGUUGCCGCCUCCUCACUCUGCACAGACACAGCCCUCGCUGCUCUGACGGGCAUGGACCCCGGCCUCGGGGACCUCGGGAUGGGCAUGUUGAACGGGCCUCAGGUGUCUUCGCCACAACCGGAGCCGUUCUCCGCCGGCCAGCCGUCCAGGCCUGUGCUGGCCGCCCCGGCGACCGGUAGCGCUGGCAACUCGUCGCCAGGGGGACUCGCCAUGACAGGUCUUCAGGGCCAGUCGUUGCUGUUGGGUCAGCCGGCGUCCCAGGCCCAGGCCCAGCCGGCCAGCCAGGCCGUCGAGCUGCUCGGCGAGCCGGGCCUAAUUCGAGUGCCCGAUCUGGAGAGGAUACGCAACGCCAAGAAGAAGCGAGUCCAGCAGCUCAAGCGUUGGCAUCAGUACGACAAACUGAAAGAGAAAGAGGAGCUACGCAAACAGCGCAAGGGAUUGGCGCCCGAGACCGGCACUGGCCGCGGUGAACCCGCCAAGAAGGUUCGAUUCGCGCAGAGUCUCAUCCUUUUGGAGGCGGCGGCACGAGGCGACCUCGAUGAAGGUAAGCUCCUUCUUCUAUAG